CGGCGGUACCAGCAGGACCGCCGUGGCGCCGGUAGCAGCGACCCAGAGGGAGCGCGAGGCGACGCUGGCUGCGGGGACCCGGUGACAGCGUGAGAGGUACUAGAUUUUAAAGUUUGCACCAUGCGUGAGUAUAAGCUAGUCGUUCUUGGCUCCGGAGGAGUUGGAAAAUCUGCUCUGACUGUACAAUUUGUUCAAGGAAUUUUUGUUGAAAAAUAUGAUCCUACGAUAGAAGAUUCUUAUAGAAAGCAAGUUGAAGGAGAUGCACAACAGUGUAUGCUUGAAAUCUUGGAUACUGCAGGAACGGAACAAUUUACAGCAAUGAGGGAUUUGUACAUGAAAAACGGACAAGGCUUUGCAUUCGUUUAUUCCAUCACAGCACAGUCCACAUUUAAUGAUUUACAAGAUCUGAGAGAACAGAUUCUUCGAGUUAAAGACACUGAUGAUGUUCCAAUGAUUCUGGUUGGUAAUAAGUGUGACUUGGAAGAUGAAAGAGUUGUAGGAAAGGAACAAGGUCAAAAUUUAGCAAGACAAUGGAACAACUGUGCAUUCUUAGAAUCCUCUGCAAAAUCAAAAAUAAAUGUUAAUGAGAUCUUUUAUGACCUAGUGCGGCAAAUUAACAGAAAAACUCCAGUGCCUGGGAAGGCCCGCAAAAAGUCAUCAUUUCAGCUGCUUUAAUAUACUAAAUGCAUUGUAGCUCUGAGCCAGGUCUGAAGAACUGUUGCCCAAUUCAACAGUGCCAGCAUUCCAACUUUGUUAAACCUACCAACAUCUUAAAUGGACUUUCUGUGGUGGUACCCUUUAAGAGGCGGAUGAAAGCUACUACAUCAGUUUGCACAUUCUAAUCACUUUCCAGUAUCACAAGAGAGAUUUUCACUUAUAUAAUAGUCCUAGAGU